UCCGCGCGCGGCCGCUCUCAGCGCGUGCCUGUCGGUAUGUGAGCGUCACGUCGUGCUGAUGUUUUAACCUUUGACGGUUCGGAUGAUGAUCCGGAGGACGAUCUGCGGCUGGAGAAGGAAGCGGAGAGGCGAGGGACGUGACUGAACCUGAGCUCCGGGAUUCUGUGGAGUUGGCAGCAGUUAGUCCAGAAGGGAUCUGCAGAAGCUUCUGCAGAUGAAAAUGUUCUCACAAUGCUGAUCUCAAAAUGGAAAUACCAACCAGUAGCCAUGGGCACAACCACAUCCUGGGAUUCCUUCAGCGACAACAACCCAAAUUGGUUUUGGUUGGUUAAUUGUUCAACAUACCAGGCCACUUGUCCUCUUGUGCUCUACCCUCCAAAUGUUUGGAUGCCUGAAAUCACACACCUGACACAGUGGGAGUUUUCAAAUGGACAAUUUGUUCCUUUCCUGUCUCCGUUCUAUGGUUCCUCAUGUCUUUAUUCCCAGCGUCCUGUCCACAAGCUAUCUAAAGACUGGUUCACAUCAGAGGGAAUGCAUGUCCAUUUGAGAAGUGACUUAGCAUUUUCACUAACCAAGUGGAAUAUGAGGAAGGAGAGUAGACACACACCCAGGACUCGUGUGUUUUCGUCAUAUUAUCAACAUUCGGGUGGAAUUGUUCCCACACAAAAGCACGAAGAUCGGUUGGAAAGACAGAUGUGGCUGAAGCCAACAAUCACCCACUGCACAAGACCAUCUCUGCCCAUACAGAUGAAGGAAUUUCCAUGCUCCCUCUCAUCUUCAUGGUUUUCUUCAAAGUUAUCAAUGCUGACCAAAUUCAGACACAAGAAAUCUCAAACAGGGAGAAAAAGUUUAUCCUACAGAAGAACUCUCAUGUUGGCAGCUGCAGAACAGGCAUCUAACAACAGACAGAAGUGUGUUGAUGUGUCUGUUCACAGAUCAACAGAUGAAGUGAAGGAAAAGAGUGGGGAGGGAAUGAAAGAUAAUCGUCCCAUUGCCUCCACUCCUGUCCCAGGGUCACCAUGGUGCGUUGUGUGGACCGGAGAUGAUCGCAUGUUUUUCUUCAAUCCCACAAUUCACGUUUCUGUUUGGGAGAAGCCAGGAGAGCUUACCGGUUGUGACAUUAGCCACAUCGUCAAGAAUCCACCUCACAAAAGGAAAAAGACAACACCUGCUGGGAUCGACAGCGAUUCCACAUAUCAAAAUCCUGCUCUGAAUGGCAUCAGUGAUAAUGAUAACCAUGAACACACCUUGAAGAAAUUCAGAAAGGAUGAGUCCUUGUCUCUGGUCCCAAAUCAAGACAAAUCUCUCCCACUGGAGCUUCGGAUCACUCACUUUAGGGCAAUGAUGCUAGAGAGAGGGGUGUCUGCAUUCUCCAGGUGGGAAAAGGAGCUUCACAAGAUGGUGUUUGAUCCUCGAUACCUGCUGCUCUCCGUAGAUCAGAGAAAACAGGUGUUUGGUCAGUUUGUGAAGAGCAGGGUGAAGGAGGAGUACAAAGAGAAAAGGAGUAAAAAGCAAAAAGUGAGAGAAGAGUUCAAGCAGCUUCUGCAGAAGGAAAAGAUCACCAACAGGACAACUUUUAAGGAAUUCUGUGUUCAUUACCAGUUUGACCAACGCUUCAAUGCCCUCAGCAGGAAGAAGGAAAAGGAAGCUCUGUUUAAUGACCACAUUAAAUCCUUAAAAAAGCGAAACAAAGUGAACCGUGCAAGACUUAGAAAGAUUAGAUCAGUGGACUAA